AUGGCUCCUAUAAAGAAGGGUGGCAAGAAGAAGAAGAAGAAGAGCUAUUCUGCCAUCAAUGAGGGAAGGAGAAACAUCAUCAACGUUCACCAGCACAUCCACGGAGUGGCCUUCAAGAAGACCCAUGGGCUCUCAAGAGACCAGAAAGUUGCCAUGAAGGAGAUGAGAAUGCCAGAUGCAAGCAUUCACACCAGGUUCAACAAAGCUGUCUGGGUCACAGUGGUAAGGAAUGUCCCAUGCAGUAUCCAUGUACAGUUGUCCAGAAAAUGUAAUGAGGAAAAAGAGUCACCACAUAAGUUCUAUACAUUGGUUACUUAUGUACUAGGCACCGUUUUCAAAAAUCUACAGAUAGUCAAUGUGGAUGAAAACUAG